GGCUUGCAAGCCUGAUGGCAUCAGCUGCCAGCCAAAUCCACGCCCAUCAGUAAAAAAGCCGUUUUGCGCAGGCGCAAGCCGUUUCGUCAUGCCCGAAACGUCGGUCUCGGCGGGUUUCCGGGAACCCGGAAGUAUAUGCGUUUGGAAAUAUGUGGACAUCGAGUCCAUGCGAGCGUGUAUUUGGGUAGGAAAUCGAAGGGUCGGUGAUCAGAAGAUGCGCUGUAAAUUUACCCUUGUCAGCCGUGCGUCAACCAAGUCCGCGAGCCUUCAUCGUGGAUCAUGCGUAAAACAAGAACAGUUUGAGGUGUCUGUCCGUGAGAGCCUGAUCACUGACAUCG